AUGGAAUCCCCCGACGUCCGAGGGACUGCAGUACCUCUCAAUUCGGACACAGAAACGCCCGCUUGCCAAUCCUGUCGGAGCCGUAAGCUGCGGUGCUCCAGGGACCUUCCCUCCUGCACGCGAUGUCAACGCCUGGGUGUGGACUGUUACUAUGACUAUACAAAGAAUAAACCAGGGGUCAAAGUUGGCAUCAUUCAGACGCUUACUCAGCGAGUGGAGUCAUUGGAAGCUCAGUUGGAAGCACUACGCACCCAACAUCAGGCUGUUAGUGGCAUUCCAAGUCCUGCAAGCACGGUUCAGGAUGUGAACGCUCUUCGAACCUUAGUUUCAUCAAUGAUGGAGGAGUGGCGAGAGAAUAACACUUCGCCAAAUAACAUGUCAGAUCAACGUCUAAACUCCCCACAGGAUCGAGAUGUGCAUGAUUCUACCGUGUCAGGUUCAAGUCCUGAAACAUCACGGAAAAGACCAUGUCCAGACUCCAGGAGCUCCGUGGAUCCUACUUUCCAAGUGCAGUUGCCCCCAGAUAACUUGAUGAGUGGCAUUCUGGAUGCAUACUUCUCGGUCGUUCAUCCUUUCAUCCCAAUUCUACAUGAACCACUCUUCCGAUCUCGCCUUCGUGACCCAGCCGAAAGGCCAAAGCUUAUGCCCAUACUUCAUGCAAUGAUGGUAUGUUCCUUACGUACAUCCCACCCGGGCGCGCUCCAGAAGUCCAGAGAUUUUGUAGUUCUCUCAAGUAUAGAUAGCCUGUCGGUAGAAGGUGCACAGUCCCUGGUUAUCAUUGCCUUUGUUCAUAUAUGCGAUGGUAACGCAAGCAAAGCGUGGCCAAUUGUUGGAGCUCUGACUAGAGCUGUUGUGUACAUGGGACUUCACUGCGAGCCAGAUGAGGAUCAGCAGGGAGAUUCUUGCGUUCAAUCAUUUAGAUAUCUGCCAUCAGUUCGGGUGUGGACGGAAAUGGAGGAGCGACGUCGAGUAUUCUGGAACGUCUUUCUUUUGGACCGCUGGAAGAUGUUCCUCCCUCGGCGGUGGAAAGACUCUAACAUUUCCAAAGAGCCUGCAUUCGUGCAUAUGGAUCCCAACUUAACCCUGGCUCACAUUACCCACAACACGUCAAUGAUUCUUUUACAUCAGUGCAUUGCCUAUCCACGGGCCAACCUCGUGGAUAAGCUGAAACAAGCAAGUAUCUCGAGUGCUGAGACGUGCCAGCUAGCCGCGUCGGAAACAGCCAAUAUAGUUCAAAAGUAUCUACAAUAUACACCCUUUGUGGGGCUUGUGAAUGCUCAGUUCGUGUUUUGCGCUUUCGUCAGCGCCCGUGUAAUGCUUGUACAUUCACACCUCCACCGCACUGAGCUUCCCGAGGGAUACAGCGUUCUUCUAUGGAGUCUUCAGCAAAUGUCAGCCCGAUGGGUGUCAUCGAACCCAAACUUACGAUUGACACUGAAAACCGAUAACUUUGCCAGUGGCCUUCUUUCUCAGCUUCAAAAGCUGCAGGAGCGGUGCAAGUACGUUGAACCUUUCGAAUUGGACGCCUUGGGGUAUGCUAUUGAAGUAAGCUUUGCCCUUGGAAUACGUAGUCCACCGGCCAGCUUAGGUGAGAGUCAGUGGAUCAGGGAGCGACGGGCCCAACAGCGACAUAGCAUCAUACCGGUGAAUGGCCAGCGCUCCCAUUAUAUGAACAGUAGUCCUUGCGCGCACAGAUCUGAUCAAUGUAGCGAUCAUGACCACGCGUCGCAACCGGUUGUAGCACCAUCCGUGAACGUGACGCCUUCUGGUCCUCAGGUAGCGUCAGACGCGACAAUUAGAGAUAUGGGCCAGUGGAAUGGGAAUCAGAUAUCAAACCAGCAACGUAUGGAUACGUUGCGUACUCGGGAUGCAUAUGCCACUCAGACUGGCCCAGUGGAUGGCCUAUUCCCUUCAGCCAGUGCAGCCUCACCACUCGAUGGCUCAGACAGCUUUGCAGCGUUGUCUAACUUCCUUCUGGACCCUCAAUAUCUGGACAUGGACCGAAUUAUCAGCUUUCAGGACUCGUUCACUCAUUAG